UCACAACUAACAGACACUUCCAGCGGGAUAAAAGAGUAAAUAUCUUCAAGUCGAACAGUUUGCUCAGCGCGAUCCCAACGGAAGARAAUACCACCUAACGUUUAGAUGGCCAUUGUCUCGACUGUAAUCUAGUUUUGGGUCUUCAAGUGGWAUUUUCUUGGRCUUGUUUGCGAUUUUAUCGACUUUCUGUCAAUCUUCUUCCAAUCAAAAAGUCGAGCGGACCAAGUUUGACAGCAGCAGAACUCUGCGCGUGCGUAAGGUGGAGUCYGCUGGCGGUAGGUAUUGUUGUUAUGGUGUUCAUACGCGAUUGACCCGCUCAAGAAGCAAAUCAUCAGGGUAGUGAUAUCAUGAUGGAAAUCACGUCAUAUUGAGCAAAACUACACCCUUCUCUSUCCGCUCGCUCUCUCGAUCCAUCUCUUUCAUCUACGGAUCCCAUGAGAGAGGCUGACCAAGGCAGCAGUGUGGACGGUGUUGGACAGAUCUACAACUAGUUAUGCCCAGAUCGUUUCUUGUGAAGAAAACUCUGCUUGGAAAGCGUAAGCUGUCGCAGGAAGCGGACAGCGAAAAUGUUACAACUCAGCGUGAAUUCAUCCAGCCCAGUACAUAYCCCGUGCCUAACACCACUCCUCCAACCUACUCAACUAGUUUUACCGGUUUUCAUCACAAUUUGGACACGCACGGCCUUCACACUUUAGCAGAUCUUUGUCUACGGAGAGCGGAGUAUAAYACUACACAAAUCACCUCUCCACAAACAACCACAGAUUUACCAAGUUAUCAAAACGAAAAGAGUGGAAAAUUCCAGACAAACAGAUUAAAGAGAGAACAAGACUUGUCGCCGGUUGAGUCUGUUGGGGAAACAUAUACAGAAGACAUCAAGGAAGAGGAUGGYUCGGAUAAGCCUAUUGAUGUGGUUGGAGAUGAUGAAGAAAUAAGAAAAGGUGAUAAAAAUGAGAAUGUUAAUACAGCACGGCUUGAGAGACUUGAAGAUGAGUUGGAAAAGAUGUUACAUUUCCUGAAUGAAGGACUCGACAUCAAGGAUGAUAAGAAAACAAGGUUUUAUCGAUGGUAUCUGCGUAAGAAGCUUUCUUCAAUGGAUCCAGAUGACGAAAGCUUCACCUGCUACAAAUGUGGCAAGAUCUUUGCUUAUCAGAAUUACUUGGAAAGACACGUCAAGUACGUCUGCCCAGACAAGACAGGAAGAACGUGGAAAUGCUCACACUGUAGCAAGGCCUUCCAGUACCCCUGCUACUUAAGAAGGCACAUGAGGUCACACACAGGUGAAAGCCCUUACAAAUGUACACAGUGUUCGAGAGCGUUUGUCCGAUCAACCGACCUCCAAAGACAUUUACGUAAUCAUACCGGUGAAAAGCCAUACAAGUGCAAAGAAUGCUCCCGUGCAUUUGCGCGCUCGACCGACCUCAAACGACACAUGCGCACGCAUACCGGCGAGAAGCCCUACAAGUGYUGGCAAUGUUCCAAAGCUUUCUCCCAAUCAGGAAGCCUGCAGACUCAUUUACAUACUCAUUACAARGAAUCCCUACAGAUUAAAGGAGUUCUCCCCGAGUGAAGGAAAGGAGAUGAAGGUGAUCUCGUUCAGAGAUAAUUAUGUUUGCGCGCUUUCAAGGCAGAUGCGGGUACCAGUUUGARGGCUCGUUGUUUCAUGAUGUAACGCUAGACAUUCAUGGCUAAAAAWGAUAAAUUAACCGGAUAAAAAGAUUUACCAAAAUCUCGCGGAUCCAACAAAGAAAAAAAAAAACGGUUAUGAAAUCAUGUAUUUAAGUAAAUACGCACUAAUUUAAGAGGACRACGCAGCAAAAAAUAUUUUUCGGUCGCGAUCGGUUUACCAAAAAAUUCCGAUCAUCGUCGAAUAUGAUUUCCUUUUCCCCGCCUCGUGAUAAGGAUAGCUCAAGUCCAAGAUCUAUUUAUAUAUAUAUAUAUAUAGUUCUUGCAAUGCUUGCUGAUGCUUUGCUGCUAAAAUUUAAUCACGUAAGCUUUCAAAAGAAAAAGAACAACAGAACAUCCGGUUCCGAGAAACUUAAAGCCACGUUGUUCAUACAACGUUAAUUUAACUUAAAGCUGUCGCGGGCUACAGCAUUCUUCGACGAAUUUUAAAAGGAGUGCUUCACCUACAAAAAUGAAAAUUUUUCCUUAAAGUGCCUUGCGAUACAAAGCAAAUGAGCAGGAUUUUUCUAAUUUAAAAAUUUUAACUUUGCGAACCGGGUUAAAAGUAAAAAGUGUAAAUUUAUUAUAUUUAUUACAAUUAUUUUUAUCUGUAAUGUGUAUAUAUUAGCAUGUUUUUAUUUUCGCUUAGUGGAUUUUCAUUUAUUUGUUGCAAGAGCAUUGGUUUUGCAAUGAUGCUCAAUCGUUAGUCGCGGUUAUUAGUAAUAGACCUCGUUAGCUUGGGCGUAGUGUUUUCCAAUUCCAGACCACUUGUUAUCCCCUUGAGAAUAACAUUCCUUGUUUGAGCUACAUCCAUAGACCAAAUUCAAAACUUGCACCGAUGUGAGGCUUAAGUUGUGAACAAAGAGUUCUGGCGUGACUCAAAGUAAUCUGGCUUGAUUCAAAAGUCACGAAUCACGCCAGAUUCCUUUGUUCACAACUUAAGCCUCACAUCGGUGCGAGUUUUGAAUUAUAGCCAUUCCGAAGUUGAUGAAAUAAUUGGGUCAUGUUGGCAUCGCAGUGCAUUGCGGGACUGUUAAAGGCACAUAUUUCCAAGAUGUCGGAAUAUUUGGUCUUGAGAGAGAAAACACUAUAUACAAGCUACUGAAUGGGUCUAUUGCUCUAAUAGAAAAAAAUAACAYAAAAAGAAUAGAAAUGUUAUGAUUACUCGUAGAGUAGAAUUAUUAAUUAAUAAUAGCGAAACUGUAUCAGUUUAUUAUKUGAUUUCAAUAUCAAUUUCAUUAUUAUUAUUAUUGCUAUUUUUGUAAUUCAAUAGAAGGUAAACAUAUUUUUAAAAUAGGGCAAAGC